CUUCUCCGGCACUGCGUUGUUUUUGCCCGGAAGCCUUUGAGCUUCCGGGGUUUUGAUGCUUGAGCCGCCGGGCUUCCCGGCCGUUCAAGCAUGUUGGAGCCGCCCUGUGCUCCCUCCUCCGACGACCAUUCCGGGUCUGUCGGCUUUUGGAUCUGGCGACCCUCGGCCCUAUCUUGCAAAUCUUGUUAGGUGUUCGUUGUUUUUUGGUUGGCUUGCAGAUUCGGCGGUGGUCCCCUCCAUCCGGCAGCUUCUAGCGGUGGCGGUGAACGCAGGGGAUCCCAGAUCUGGCAACCUCGCGACCCACCUGCUGCUUCCAGGGAUCGGCCUCCGCCUGAUCGGGUCUCCGCAUCGGCAUCCUGGAGCCUGGCGCACCUUCCACAUGGGUAGAUUGAAGGGUGUCCCGUUUGGAUCGCUCGAUCGAAGGCUACUGUAUAGCUGCGCCCUUAGUGGUUGUUCGAGUGUCAUGUGCACCUCCCUUCGGCCUCUGAAAAUGGGUCUACUCUAGUUUCUUACUCCUGUUGUAAUUUUACUGUUUAUGAUUCCUGUAGAUGCCGUGUGGCGGUGUUUGAAAUGAACCCAUUUCGUUCUG